AUGAAGUCUGCGCGAGCAGCGCCGUUGACGGCGGGGAAGGCGCUGGUGGUGGUGGGGUCGGCGAACGCGGACGUGUACGUGGAGGUGGCGCGCAUGCCGGUGGCGGGCGAGACGGUGAGCGCCACCUCGGGCUGCACGCUGCCAGGCGGCAAGGGCGCCAACCAGGCCGCCGCGGCCGCCCGCCUGGGACAUCCCACGUACCUCAUCGGACAGGUGGGCAGCGACGCCAACGGCGCGAUGCUGUCGGCAGCGCUGGCAGGCACGGGCGUGCACGUGGACCACCUGGUCACGCUAGGCGCUCCCGCGCCCGCCUCUUCCUCCGCCGCCAUGACGUCCGCGCACCCCAGCGUGGUGGCCGCGAACGCCGCCAAGGCGGAGGCAGAGGCGGCCCUGAGCCAGGCGCAUGCGGCGGCGCAACGAGCACAGCAGGCUGCCGCGACGGCGAGCCGCGAGGCGCAGGCUGCUGGUGGCGGUAACUUCCGCACAGGGGCUGCGAGUGCCGCUGCAGCCACCGCACAGGCGGAGGCAGAGGCAGCAGCUGCAGCACAAAGAGCGGCGUCGGCGGCAGCACGGGCCGCCGCAGAGGCAGCGGCAGCAGCAGACGGACAGAGCGAGGCUGCUGCAAGGGGGGCGGCCGCCGCCGCUGCUUCUGCUGCUAACAUGGCAGGGGGCGGUGGCGAUGGCAGUGUGGCAACAGGGCAGGCGAUAGUGAUGCUGCAGGCGGAUGGCAGCAACGCCAUCAUCAUUGUGGGCGGGGCGAACAUGGCGUGGAGCAAGAGGCGCGUGGAGGGCAGGGGUGGGGGGCGGCGGGAGUCGUUCUUCAGCGAGCAGGCGAGGGAGGCGAUCCGCGGGGCGGGCAUGGUGCUGCUGCAGAGGGAGCUGCCGGAUGACGUCAAUGCUGAAGCUGCAGAGCUGGCAGGCGCAGCAGGAGUGCCGGUGGUGCUGGACAUGGGUGGCAUGGACGGGCCUGUACCAGACGCCAUGGUGCGGCGCGUGGCAGUGAUGAGCCCCAACGAGACGGAGCUCUCUCGCCUCACAGGCCUGCCCGUCUCCUCCAUCCCCGACGCUGAGAGGGCUGCUCUCACCCUGCUGGCCAAGGGAGUGCCCAAGGUGCUGGUGAAGCUGGGCAGCAGUGGCUCCCUGCUCGUCUCCUCCUCCCCUCUUGCACCUGCCUCCUCCUCCUCGCCCCUCUCUGCCACUCUCACCACGGGCACGGAUGGCUCGGGGCGUCAUGUGUGGCAGCUGCGGCAGCCAGUGGUGCCGGCGCGCACAGUGGUGGACACCACAGGGGCCGGCGAUACCUUCACCGCUGCAUAUGCCGUCGCACUGCUCUCUGGCUCCUCUGAUGCUGAUGCGCUGCUAUUCGCCUCCUGUGCUGCAUCACUGUGUGUACAAAAGAAGGGAGCCAUGCCAAGCCUCCCAGAUCGGGCCGCAGUGCAAGCUCUGGUGCAGCAAUCGCAGAACUCUUGGUGA